AUGAGCUGUACAAUGCCAGGAACCAAAGAGCCGAAUCCGGCCGACCUUAUUUGGUCGGAGAGACUCAAGACCGACUUUGAUAUCAACAAGAUGCACGCAUUUCUCGAAGGUUCCGAACCCGAGGCCCUUGAGACGCUGAGACUUAUGCAACAACUGGAGAGGGACCCGAUUUUGACAGCGGGGCCUUCCUACUACGAGAUGUCCAAGAACGAGCACCGCGAGGCCACCGCGCGCAAAAUUAUGCGGAUGGCCCAGUACAUGGAGAUAGAUGCUCCCAACUACGCCCGGUUCCAGAACCGGCUGAACUUGAUUGCAGUGGUCGAUCCGCAGCUCGGAACACGUAUUGGUGUCCACUUGGGCCUGUUCCUUGGAGCGGUUCGAGGAAACGGAACAGAGGCCCAGUUCAAGUAUUGGGCCGAGGAACGAGGAGCCAUCCGCAUGAACGGGGUGUAUGGGUGUUUUGCGAUGACAGAGAUGGCACACGGGUCCAACGUGGCUGCUUUGGAAACGACAGCUACCUACAACAAGGAGUCGGACUCAAUCUUCAUCAACACGCCACAUGUGGGGGCAACCAAAUGGUGGAUUGGUGGGGCAGCCCAUUCGGCCACCCACACAGUUUGUUUUGCUCGACUGAUUGUGGACGGAAAGGAUUACGGAGUCAAGACGUUUGUUGUUCCGCUACGUGACACGAGACACGAGCUACACCCGGGCGUCAGUCUGGGAGAUAUUGGGGCCAAGAUGGGAAGAGACGGAAUCGACAACGGAUGGAUCCAGUUCAGCAACGUGGAGAUUCCAAGAGAGUUCAUGUUGUCCAAGUACACCACGAUCACAGACGAGGGGGAAGUUGUAGACCCUCCACUUGCUCAACUGGCCUAUGGUGCUUUGCUGGGCGGCCGUGUUACCAUGGUCACCGACUCGUUCCGCACAAGUGAGCGGUUCAUCACGAUUGCUCUGAGAUACUCUGUCGGGCGGAAGCAGUUUGCAAAUAAGGGCUCCACCACAGAGAACCAGCUGAUCAACUACCCGUUGCACCAGAAGCGGCUGCUGCCAUAUUUGAGCUGGACGUACGGAAUGGCCAUUGCUUCGCACGUGAUUCAGCAAUCGUACAAACAGACUUUGGAGAAGCUGGACGAAGGCGUUGCUUCGGGCGACUUCGCGCAACUGCAAGAUGCUAUUGCGGCGCUCAAGGAACUGUUUGGGGACUCUGCUUCGCUCAAGUCGACCUGUACAUGGAAAUGCUUGGAGCUGAUUGAGGAAUGUCGUCAGUCCUGCGGUGGGCAUGCAUAUUCCGCGUAUAGCGGAUUUGCCAAAGGGUAUGUGGACCAUGCUGUUCAGUGUACGUGGGAAGGUGACAACAACAUUCUCGCGCAAAACAGUGGUCGUAUAACUAUCCAAAAAGUUAUGAAAUUUAACAAAUCGGGAAAUCGGCCCAGGGCGGGUUAUGAAUUCUUAGCCGACGCCUUAAAAAGCCAAGGUGGUUUGAAUAAACAAAGCGUCCAGCAGCUGGACAAAUUAUUGGGUGCCAUGAACCUGCUCAUUUACAGAAUGGCGGCAGAUUGCGCGCAAACUGUUGAAAAGACAGGGGAUUGGGACGCAAUAGCUUCCGAGAAACUUACUCUUUCCAAGAUGUAUGCAGCACGGUUUAUCUUGGACAAGUGGAUACAAAGACUCAACACUUUGAACGAGAACAAUGGAUCUAUUGACAAGCCUUUGUUUAUGUUGGCACAAAUUUUUGCUCUGUCAAAUGUUGAGGCGUUCGGCUCGCAUUUCCUGCGGUUCGGGAUCGUCAGUGCAGAGGUGUACAAGACACUACUUGAGCAACUCGGUAAGAUUUGCAAAGAGGUCCGGCCAUAUGUGAUUGGGCUGAGCGACUCUUUCAAGAUGAGUGACUUCUUCAUCAAUUCCACGUUGGGGUCUUACAAUGGAGACAUCUACGAGCAUUACUAUGGGGUUGUGAAGAACUUAAACAAUCCCGCGUUGACCAAAGCCUCGUAUUCUACAUCAUUUGAGCGAGACAUGCAGCGACCUAGUGUGGCGGAGAGAGAAUGCUUCGAGAGGUCGAGCAAGACCCUGUCAAAAUUGUAA